AAGUCCAGGAGUCACACGCAGUGAGGAGAGUGUCCUGCUAUGCUGCUGGAGAGUGGCUGGUGAGUGCUGCAAAAGUCCUCAGCAGAGGUACUGAGUUACUGGAGACAGACCAGGAGGAGGGAAUUACCAUUAAACUCAAAUGGGAAGGCUGAAGGUCUGGAUGAAGCUUAAUGGUUCCUGGUGGGAGCUGGCCCAGUCUUGGCCAGUGGCACAUCCAUCCUGGACCUGGCUGGCAUUGUCUCUGGCAGACUUAGAGGACGCUUCUGGCACCUUCUCACAGAAGUCACCCCUGCAGUUAUGAGGACCUGGCCAUGCUACCCAAUACAUCAGGUUCUGAUUCCUCCUGCUGCCCUUGGUGACAAACACUGAUGCUGAAGAAGAGCCCAAUAGAAAAGAGAAGAGCUUACAUAGAAUGAAGAUCCAAGUAAACAACACUUGAAGAGUGGAGAGAAACUCUAACCUAAUAUGUUCCAGGAAGAUUUCAGGAACAUGACUGAAGGGACCAGGAACAGCAGUGACUCCUCUUCUGCCUUCGUUCACACCAGCACCGUGAGUGCCAUACUGGUCACUGUCUACUCGGUUGCCUUGGCUGGAGGUGGAAUUGGGUCCAUCACAAUGUCCUUUGUGCUGCUCAAGAUGAACACUCUGUCUGUGACCACGACUGCCAUCAUUAACCUGGUUGUUGUGCACAGCCUCCUCCUCUUCACGGUGCCCUUCCGCCUCCACUAUUAUGUCAAAAAGAAGUGGGUAUUUGAUAUGCCAUUUUGCAAAAUGGUGAGUGCCAUGGUGCACAUCCACAUGUACCUGACCUUCAUAUUUUAUGUGAUCACCCUGGUGAUCCGGUGGCUCGUCUUCUUUCAGUGGAAGGACAAGGUGGAGUUUUACAGGAAGCUGCACGCCAUUGGGGCGAGCGCUGCCGUGUGGCUCUUCGUCAUGGUCUUUGGGGUGCCGCUCUUCUACUUCGAGUAUGGACGCUCAGGCUUAUACAAUAAUACAACAUGCUUCAAGUUCCAUAAAGAACUACAGCACGAGAGUGUGAAAGCCCUGAACUACACUGUAAUUGUAGCUGUUGCCCUCAUUUCUUGCGUCCUCUUGAGCUUGCAGAUUUUUAUCCUGGUAAAAGUGGCGAGAAAAUUUUCCACCUCCCUCUGUUCACACCAAGAAUUCUGGGCCCAGGUGAAAAACUUGAUUUUCAUCUGGAUCAUCAUAAUUUGGUUCCUUCCCUAUCACCUGUUUAGAGCCUACUACAUACAGCAUGUGAGUGAUUUUGACCAGUUAGAAAGUUACAAUGAGGUUUUUUUGAGCCUGACUGCCCUGAGCUGCCUGGACCUGCUGUCAUUCGUGCUGAGUGGAAGUCGCUUCUUCAAGCAAAAUGUGGGGAUGCUCCACAGGAGGUUGCUUUGCUGCUAGCAUCAGCAUCCUGCAGCGUGUGCAGGACCUGGGACAGAACAGUGAUGGAUAGACACAGCAAAUGCACUCCUCAGCAAGUGAGGGCGUGCUCUGGAAAUGGUGCAACACACUUGCACAGGGCUUUGCAUAUCAGCUUCCUGAAGUAAUGGAACAAACUGCCUCCCGAGUCCCAGUUAGUAAACAGGAAGGUGACCUCAGCAAUUUCCUCAUGGUGCUACCCAGUGAGUUGUGGAUGGACCUGGAGAAGAGGGAAGAAAGGUCAUGGGUUCUUCUCUCUUACUGUUUUUACAUCAAGAUUUGUGAAGUUAAAGGCACUAGGAGGAGACCUGAGAAUUACAGUGUAGAAACACAAAUAAGAAAGCUGGUUUAUAUGGACUAAGGUACAGAUUUAUGAAACUUAAAGAUCUAUGCAAUUUUCCCAUACAUUUCAUAUUUAUUUCCCACAAGCUCUUAUAAAAUAUUAGGGAAGAUAUUGUUGUUCUUGAGUAGGUCUGUUUCUUCAUUGUUAUGCAUAACUUUCUAAGUGAAUUGAACUAUUAAACCAGCUAUUUAAAACUAAUUCAAUGAUAGAUAGUUAUUUCUUAAAAUAUUUUCUCAAAAAUCACUUUUUGAGAUGAUACCACUGCAGCAGAAAACAAUAUUAUCUUUCUCAUAUUAUGAAAAUAUGUCUAAAAAAAUUGUACACGCUUACUGAAAUGGAUAUUGCAAGUUCAAACAAAAACCUGUAUUAUUAUUCACAAAAUUUUUCAAUUAAAAGUAAUAUUUUACAGUCAGGACAAGUUUUUUUAGGUAAUUCAGACAGAAUUUGUCUUCUCUUCAAAAGACAAAUAUCUUAGGUAUCCAAGGUAGCAAUGUUUCUUUGUAAAUCUUAUGUUGAUUUUGUGCAUUUAUGAAGUUUAUGAGUAGUCACUCAGAGUGUUUUUAACUUGAAAGCAAUUCUAUAAUUUUGUAUCCUGCACUGAUGGAAGGAAUGAAAAUGUUGCUGCUUAGAUUGGAGGGAUGGAAAAAGCUAAUAGACCUAGUGUAGCUAAAAAGCAUAUUCUAUCUCAGUGAGGCAUUGCCAGUUGCUGUCUUUGAAGACAGAAAUAAAUUCCACUAAAAAAGAUGAAAAAUUUGGUAAAAUAUUUCUAUGAGAGACACCGAAGCUUUCAUAGCUCAGCCGAUUUAUACAUAUCCCUAAAAAAGAAUAUAAAUCUUGACUCCUCUAAUGCAAGACAUCAAUGGCUAAUCUUUAUUUUUCUUGCCAUAUGCAUAAGGUCACAUUUUUUUCAUCCAGAGUUAGUGGGAUAAUAAUUUAAUCAUUUAACUAAUUAGAGGUUAUUAGCUGAUCAAUUUUCAUGAGAGUCUUUACUCAUGAUGCUGUUGAAAUCCACCUUUUCACCCCUGUGAAUCUUUCCAUUCCUUUCUGCUUCACCUUCAACAUCUCUUGCACAUCAGACAGCAAUAAAAUAACAAUUGGUUGAUCUUGUUGCACCUGUGCAAUCUCAUUGCUGUGCUCAUUGCUUUUGGUCCCUCCAAGAUGGUUAUUUUAUGAGAUCCCAUCUCUUCUGUGGUCUUUCUACCUUGUCUUCCUUCCUUCUUGCUUCAAGGUCCUUUAUAUCUAUCAGGAUCUUUGAUCAUAAAAAGGUAUUUUCAGGUCAGAGUAUGAGUGAUGCUGUACAACACCAAAAGGUGGAAAUCACUGAAAUUCACAAUACAAGUGAGGUGUUGGGCAGCUCUCAUAGUUCACCCUUGGCAAAUAGCCUGGACCACAUCUGUUAAGAAAGAAAUGUGAGAGCUUGCAGUGUGUGUGUACCUGAGAAAAAUCUGUCCAAGAAGGCAUUUGUUCCCAAAAGACCACAGUAAAAAGGAUGACAACUACCAACCAGAUUCAACAGUAGCUGAGGAACUACUUUCAAAACAUGAAGGGAAUCAACUUGGAUGUGCAGCUCACUACUAGUUAACUGUGUGUCAUUUAGAAAGCAAUAAACUGCUAUUAUCCAGAUUUGUUUUAAAGCUACACAAACAAAUCAUAUUCUCCUUGUGGCGGGAGAGGAUGAAAAUUGGCAUAACAUUUUUGUUUCCUCCCGUAGCAACGUGGUUGGUUAAAGAAAAUGCCUUGCAUGCAUUCUGUAGGCACUGCAUAGCUUUGUAACAUUAUAUAAUAACCCUUCUACUAUAAUAAAGUUAUUAACAAACAA